AUGGAAGCUCUUCGGGCCUUGCUCUACGUUGGCCUACUACUGGCCAGGUGUAGUCAAGCUGCUCCGGACCUUUUCGACUCUGAGAAAGAGCAACUCACUGCGGCAGACAUCGAAGCACUACCGAGCGAUUCCAGCCACCUGUUCGACUUCUCUCUGUCGAGCACUCAAGCCGGCAACCGAUCCUGCAAGGUCUACCCCGGCGAUGUCGACUGGCCAUCCGAGGAGACGUGGUCCGCCCUCAACCAGGCCGUGGACGGGAACCUCCUGAAACCGCAUCCGCGGGCGUCAGUCUGCUAUGAUGGGCCCUACUACGAUGAGGCCGAAUGCAGCAAGAUCUCGGCUAACUGGACCAAUUCAUAUAUCCACCUUGAGGACCCGAUCGAGAUGUUCUCCCCGGUCUACCAGGGCCUCACCUGCUCGCCGCCCAACAUUUACGAUAGCAAGGGCUGCACGGCGGGUGGAUUCCCGAUGUAUGUCAUCAAUGCUACGACUCCGAAGCAUGUACAGGCGGGCGUCAACUUUGCGCGCAAUACGGGUGUGCGGCUCGUGGUAAAGAAUACGGGACAUGACUUCUCUGGAAAGUCUGGUGGUGGCGAGUCUUUGAGCAUUUGGACACGGCACUUUAAGGAGAUUCAGUACAUACCCGAGUAUCAAGACGAGGCCAGUGGCUACUAUGGUGCCGCGUUCAAGUGCGGCACGGGUGUGCAGGCAUUCGAGAUUUACAAGGCUGCUAGCGAGAAGGGCAAGGUUGUGGUCGGGGGCGAGGGCCACACUGUUGGCGUGAUGGGCGGCUACACCCAAGGAGGCGGGCACAGCCCGCUGACCUCCAUCUACGGCACCGGAGCAGACCAGGUCCUGGCCUUCGAGGUCGUGACGCCGGACGGGAAAUUCGUGACAGCCGACUUCACCCAGAACACAGAUCUGUUCUGGGCUCUCCGCGGAGGUGGCGGCAGCACGUUCGGCGUCGCCACGUCCGUGACAGUCAAGGCGUUCCCAGAUGUACAGACCACGGCAGCGAGGUUUUCAUUCAAUACCACCACGGUGGGCAACGAGACCUUCUGGGCCGGAGUCCGUGCCUAUUUCGACUAUUUCCCUACCAACGCUGACCUUGGAACAUAUGCGUACUUUGUGCUGCUACCGAACAACCCAAAGCAAGGGGUUUGGACAUUUCAGAUGACCCCUUUCUUUGCGCCAAACAAGACCCUGGCAGAGACCGAAGCAAUCUUGCAGCCAUGGCUUACCCAGCUGGACACACUAGGGAUCAAGGUCGACCCCAACAUCACCCACUACGGCUCCUUCUACCCCGCCUGGGUGGAAUCCUUCCCCCUCGAGGACCCAGACCUCCUCAACACGACCUUCGCCAACAUCCGCCUCUCGUCGGAGCGGAACCGCGUCAUCGUCGGCUUCAACAUCAAGGCGACCUCCCCCGGCGGCGGCCCGGACAACGCGGUCAACCCGGCGUGGCGCGAGAACCUCCUCUUCGCCAUCCAGUCGGUGCGCUGGAGCGUCAACGCCACCGCCGAGCAGAUCUGGGAGGCGCGGAAGGGGUUCACGUUCGGCGACAUGCAGCGGUGGCGGGAUGUGAGCCCCGGCGCGGGGAGCUACCUCGCCGAGUCGGACCGCCUUGAGCCGGACUUCCAGCAGGCCUUUUAUGGGGACAAGUACCCGCGGCUGCUUGAGAUCAAGAGGAAGUAUGACCCGGGCGAUGUGUUCUAUGCUGCCACGGCUGUGGGUAGUGAGUUCUGGAAUGUGGUGACUGCUGAUACCCUGCCGAGUGAGAAUGGGCGGCUGUGUCGGGUCAACGUGACCAGUACAUGA